AUGUCGAAGCUCCAUGAUGGGGAGAAGCCCCACACGUGCGUGGAGUGUGGGAGGAGCUUCAGGUGGAAAGGGGACCUGAUCAGGCACCAGAGGAUCCACACUGGGGAACGGCCCUAUGAGUGUGGGGAGUGUGGCAAGAGCUUCAGCGUGAGCGCCGACCUGAUUGUGCACCAGAGGACCCACACUGGGGAGAAGCCCUAUGAGUGUGGGGAGUGUGGGAAGAGCUUCAGCCAGAGCUCCAGCCUGACUGUGCACCAGAAGACCCACACUGGAGAGAAGCCCUAUGAGUGUGGGGAGUGUGGGAAGAGCUUCAGCCUGAGCUCCAGCCUGAUCAGCCACCAGAGGAUCCACACUGGAGAAAGGCCUUACAAGUGCUCCGAGUGUGGGAUGUGCUUCAGCCGGAGCUCCAGCCUGAUCACGCACCAGAGGACCCACACUGGGGAGAGGCCCUACGAGUGUUCCAAGUGUGGGAAGGGCUUUCCGACCAGCUCCCAUCUCCUCCGGCACUACCAGAGUCACAUGGAGGAGAAGCCCUUCCAAUGCCCCGACUGCGGGAAGGGAUUGAAGCAGAACUCCGAUCUCACCAACCACCUGCGCAUCCACACUGGGGAGAGACCCUAUGAGUGUGAUAAAUGCAGGAAGGGAUUCAAGCGCAACUCCGCCCUCGUCAUUCACCGGCGCAUCCACACUGGGGAGAGGCCCUACGAGUGUCCCCAGUGUGGGAAGAGCUUCUCCAGCAGCUCUCACUUGACCAAACACACACUCUGCACCAAGAGAAAGCUCCUGGACACCCGGCUAUCCAACAACAGCAAUUUAAUGUUCCUCUAG